GGCCCCUGGGGCGGGGUGGGUUUGGCCCACUAGCCUCCAGGCGCCGGGCCCCGGAGCAGGGGGGCGGGGGAAGGCGGGGCUAGCUGCACGCGCGCACAUGACGUCCGCGGGGUGAGCGCAGCCGCGGCGCAGCAUCUGUUCAGAACUUCCUGACUCUGGCAUCUGAGAAGACAGCUGGGCCAGAGCUGGGCAGACAGUUGCCCCAAGGAGCAGAACAGGAAGUUGGAGACUGAGGCAAGUCGGUAAGAGCUCACUGCAAGUGGCCAGGAUCUGAGUUUCUUCAGCAUGGGGAUGUGGUCCAUUGGCGUGGGGGCCCUGGGGGCGGCUGCCUUGGCCCUGCUCCUGGCCAACACAGACGUGUUUCUGUCCAAGUCCCAGAAAGCGACGCUGGAAUAUCUGGAGGACAUAGACCUGAAAACCCUGGAAAAGGAACCAAGGACUUUCAAAGCAAAGGAGCUCUGGGAAAAGAAUGGAGCUGUGAUUAUGGCUGUACGCAGGCCAGGCUGUUUCCUCUGCCGAGAGGAAGCUGCGGACCUGUCUUCCCUGAAGCCCAAGCUGGAUGAGCUGGGAGUCCCCCUGUAUGCAGUGGUGAAGGAACAAAUCAGGACCGAAGUACAGGACUUCCAGCCUUAUUUCAAAGGAGAAAUCUUCCUGGAUGAAAAGAAAAAGUUCUACGGUCCCCAAAGGCGGAAGAUGAUGUUUAUGGGAUUUGUCCGUCUGGGUGUCUGGUACAACUUCUUCCGAGCCCGGAACGGAGGCUUUUCUGGAAAUCUGGAAGGCGAAGGCUUCAUCCUUGGGGGAGUUUUUGUGGUGGGAUCAGGAAAGCAGGGCAUUCUUCUCGAGCAUCGAGAAAAAGAAUUUGGAGACAAAGUGAACCCAGUUUCAGUUCUGGAAGCUGCUAGGAAGAUCCAGCCCCAGACUUUGGCUGCGGAGGCAAAGUGAUCAUGUGAAACUGCUCAGGGAUAACUAGGGGCACUCACCUGUGUCCUGGGAUGUGCUAUAUCUCCACUCAUGUCCCCAGAGAGUUAGAAACCCACUCAUGCCAUAUUGUCAGUAGAGAUCAUUAACGUAUUUUAAUACUGUGCUCUCUUUAGGCCCAAUAAGGCAAAAUAGCUCCCAGACAAGACUGAUAAGAAUCUAAGAAACCAGUGGAGGUAAUUUCAGCUAAAACCUGGAAAAUAUGAGGCUUAGCCUUGACUGCUGCACCUCCUUAAAACGUACGUGGCGUGAGUGACGUCAUCGGAAAUGGCUUUUAUUU